AGCAUCCAGCAGGUUCUGUCUCUCUGCAUCCUGGUCUUUUGCGCCUGCUCGCCUGCUCUCUCUUUCUCUCUCUCUCCCUCUCUCAUUCCACUGCUCUCCAUCCAAAGUGCCCGUGCAUCCGUCUGUCCCGGAACAGAAUCUGUCUGUAGUCCUCUGUCCUGUCAUUUGAAAUUUUCAGCAUAUAGACAGACACUGUCAGCCCUUGCAAACCCAGCCAGGCCCAGUCUGUCUGCAGAAGACCAUUGUCAAACUCAGCGUCCAGGAUGGAUGUUCUAAUGAAGGGAUUCUCCAUGGCCAAGGAAGGAGUGGUGGCCGCAGCUGAGAAAACUAAAGCUGGAGUUGAAGGGGCAGCUCUCAGGACCAAAGAAGGGGUCAUGUAUGUGGGCAACAAGACAAAGGAGGGAAUGGUGUCAGGCGUAAACACAGUUGCCCAGAGGACCACUGACCAGGCGAAUAUUGUCGGCGAAACAGCGGUAGGCAGCACUAAUGAAGUUGGACAGAAGACAGUAGAGGGACUGGAGAAUGUGGCUGCAGUCAACCCAGAUGAGGCUUUAUAUGAGGGUGACUUCUCUCAUGGGGGCGGGAUGGAAGGAGGAGACGGUGGAGAGGGUUAUUAGUCCAGAGGCCUGAAGCUGAAACAGUCCCGUCUCUUCCCUCUGACUCUCCACCUCUCAGAGCCUCACCCUUCCAGACUCCAGAUGUAACUGAUAUUUUUUGUGACUGUAUGGAAAACCAAGUUGAAAAAGACUUUCCCUGAGCCCUUUAGCCGUUAGAUGUGUGACGCUUCUCCUCUUUUUCACCUGUGGUGUCGUCAUGCUGUUCUUUAGUGUUAUCCUUGGUCCUCUACCCAUCCACACCUCAUCUAAAACACACACAAACACUCAAACGUGGACAGGAACCGUGAAGCCAAGAGGCUGAUAUCAGAGGGUUGAACUGGUCUUUUAGGAGAAAAAGACAAAAUAAACCUGCAUGACCAGUAAUGUAAGAAAAGCAAUACAUCUCAUUUCAUCAGGGCAUGUAGCAAUGCGUGUCUGGAUCUUUUGGAGAUCAUAGCCAUGUUUAAAUUGAUUUAGUCUUGAAAAUGCUGCAAUGUACACAAUAUGUUGUGUGUACAUUAAAAGAUACAUUACAUUCCUUUAGUUCAGUAUGUGUGCAGAAUAGAGUUCCUGUGUGCUUGACCAAUAGACUUACCGUGUGAUUUGUUAGAGUACAAACAAAUAUGUUUAUUCACAAAAUGUGAAUGCAUAUUGUAUACAUAGAUACUUAAAAAACAAAAAACGAAUAUCCGUAUUGAUGUAGCUGUGCAUUUCUUCAUUAGCUUGUACACAUGAGAUUUGGGAUUGAAUGAGGUUUGCGUUGAAAAAGGGUGUUGAAUCCCUCAGCUGCUAGGACAAGGAGACUUUCAGUGUUAUAGAAAGAGAUCGAAUCUUCAUACACAUCCUGUUUUGUCUUGAUUUUGUUGCAAUGCAUGUUAAGUCAUGUGCGAUCAUGAAUCUGUGAUGCCCGCAAUGUAAAAGCAAUACUACAGCACCAUUGCAAAGUUUGUCAUUAGUGUUCUGUGGCACUGUGCUGUGCUGACUCUAGGGACUGUUUAACCAAGGGAAUGCUAAGAAGUGUAGAUCUUUACCAAUAAGAUGACAGUCUUCAUCUUCAUUUAGCCUUGCCUUCAUGGUGACCCAAACUCCGCCCUUGUCCUGUCACUCAACGGUGUUUUCAGAUCCACCCCAGGCUGGUGUCUGCUGUUGGUAACUAGGACAAAGCUAUCAAACAUAGCAGUUUGUUCUUUUUUUUGAAGCCACAAAAAAAACUGAAGACUGCAUGUUGCCUUAUCAGCACUGCUAUAUUCACUUACACACACUCACAUAUAUAUACAGUACACAAACACACACACACACACACAGACGAAGCUGAAUGAAACACGGAAACAAUCUUCUCCAGCUUUUUUCUUUCUCUAGCCUUUCUCUCUUUGCUCUCUCUGGGACACACACAUACACAGACAAACAAAUGUCCCACAUACCUUUUAUGUUGGCAUCAAAGCAGGCAAGCUGAUUUUAUAAACUAUAUAAGUGAAAUAAAGAGUUUUGUUGAAAUCUA